GACAUCCAUGUGAGGAGAAGAACUCUCACUAGAAGUAAGACUCUCGGAAGAAGCACCAACGUAAACAAGAUGAAGCUCUGCAUCCUGCUCAUGCUCGGGACCCUGCUUGUCCUCGUUUAUGGAAUGCCGCCAAUCAGCAGGGACUACAACACACACUGUCGCUGCCUUCAGGUGGAGUCGAGGAUUAUCCCUCCAAACAGCCUGAAGAGCAUCAAGCUCGUCCCUGAAGGGCCCCACUGCCCAGAUAUGGAAGUCAUAGCUGGACUGUCGAACGGGGAGAAGGUGUGCCUGAACCCUCGGUCCUCCUGGGUGAAGAAGCUUGUCAACUUUGUUCUGGAGAAGCAGCAGGGAGGAGCACUUCCCAAGAAUCAGGGGCAAUAAAACAGCACAAAUUGAAAACAUGCUGCAGUUAAAGCUGCUUGAAAUAACGCGAUUCUGCAAAUACGAGCCAUGCUGUUGUACUUUAAUGAAUAACAGCAUUUAACCCAGAUUGUUAAACUUAAAUAACCUCUUAUUGUUGACAUUGUUAUUUCUGAAUUUGUUUUAUUUGCCAAAUAUUUUGUAAAGCAUUUCUAAAUACCUGUGAUUAUGCAUUUAUAUUGUUGAGGUUUUAAAAAGAGCAAACAAAAACAGACAGGUGUGUGAUUAUAUUAAGGAAGUAAGUCAUUAGACUUUGUGUGUGUGCGGUAUUUAAUUGUGCUCGUAAAGUCAAAUGUGACUUUAAGAGUUUCUCUGUGUGGAAAGUUUUGUUGUAUGACCUUUUGAAAGCAGAUACUGUAGCAUGAAAUGUGUAAUACUCUAAUAUGUAACAUAUCAUUUUGUGUAUGACUGUGUAAAGCUUCUUCAGCAAUAGCAAGACAUUACCACUUGCUUUGUUAAAUUCCCCUUUCUGUGUCUAAUUUGAGUUUGAAAUAAAAACAAAUAUAUAUGUAAAAAGU